ACCGCCACCGUAAAGAAAAGAUAUCUCUAACAUAGAUCUUUCCCCCUGCUUGAGAAGUCGACUGUUCUCCUCGGAGAGUUGUAGUACCCGGAAGUUAUGGUCGAGCACAAAAUAGAGAGCCCAGUUUGGACUUCAUCUCUGGCCAACUCUAGCCUAGAGCACGAACAGUCCAGUAUGAUCCUGGCGGUCCGGAGAACUGAUUUCCCUUUCGGUCUAUCUUUUUUCUGUUCGUGCCUCUCUAUACGGUCCAAGAAGCCCUUUCCUGCAUUCCAACCCGGUCAUGCGAUCUUGGCGAAAGUCCAGAAGAAGGAGAAUAUCGCUUCCACCAGGGUAAAGGUGACAUCGCGUAGUACUCACUGAGAGGCAGGCGCGAGAUACUGGAAGGGAAGGAAAGAGAAAGAGCAGUACUGUACGAUGGUGGUGGUAUUUAUGAAUGGA